AUGUCUGUGCCGACGUCGCUGUCGUCGAGGUACCCAGCCCUGUCGAGGCCGCCGACGACCGCGCGCCCCUUGCACGUUGUGCUGGCAUGCACAGGGAGCGUCGCGAGCGUCAAGGUCCCGAACAUUGUCGCGGGUCUGCUCGCGUACGCGCCCGUUCACGUGCACGUAGUGGCCAGUGCGGCGGCGCUGCACUUUUUCGAUGCAGACGCUGUCGAUGCGCUCGAUACGCGCGCACGUACAUUUGGCGUGCAUGAGCUGGCCGCGCUGAACUGUGCGGCGGGUGAGUCGGCCGAUUCUGUGGUCGCGCCGCGCGCCAAGGUGUGGCGCGACGCGGACGAAUGGGCAGCCUGGGCGAAGGUAGGCGACCCCGUCCUGCACAUCGAGCUGCGACGCUGGGCGGACGUGGUCUUGGUGGCGCCGUGCAGCGCAGACACCCUCGCGAAGCUGACGCAUGGCCUGUGCGACAACUUGCUGGUGCGUGUGGCCGACUCACGCAGCUCUCGUUCCUGCGCGCCCUCUCGCCCGACACGCCCACAUGGGUGUAUCCGGCGAUGA